GCACUUGAGGGUGGGCGAUUUCCUGGGGGGAGUGGCUUAAGCCGCUUCCCCACCGGCCAGUUGGCUGUAGACGGUCCAUGCUCAAUGGUCCUCUACAGAUAUGAAACUGGUUCUGGAGUGAGACGAGCUCGACUGGGGACGCUGCCUGAGAAGGCCUUUCCCCACAGGGUGACUUAAAUGUCCCAGGCUGGAAGGUGGAGCGAGAAGUGGAUGCCCCCGGGGCUCUGGGUCACCCUCCAGGAUGACUUCUCGGAACCAGCUGGUGCAGCGGGUGCUGCAGGAGCUGCAGGAGGCAGUGGAGUGCGAAGGCCUGGAGGGUCUCGUAGGUGCUGCCCUCGAGGCCAAGCAGGUCCUGUCUUCCUUCACUCUCCCCACCUGCCGGGAGGGAGGCCCUGGCCUCCAGGUGCUAGAAGUGGACUCGGUGGCCCUGAGCCUGUAUCCCGACGAUGCUCCACGGAACAUGCUGCCGCUGGUGUGCAAGGGCGAGGGCAGCCUGCUGUUCGAGGCGGCCAGCAUGCUGCUGUGGGGUGACGCGGGCCUCAGCCUGGAGCUGCGGGCCCGCACAGUGGUGGAGAUGCUGCUGCACAGACACUACUACCUCCAGGGCAUGAUCGACUCCAAAGUGAUGCUGCAGGCCGUGCGCUAUUCCCUGUGCUCUGAGGAGUCCCCUGAGAUGACCAGCUUGCCCCCCGCCACGCUGGAGGCCAUCUUUGAUGCUGACGUCAAGGCCUCCUGCUUCCCCAGCAGCUUCUCCAACGUGUGGCACUUGUAUGCUCUCGCGUCUGUUCUCCAGCGGAACAUCUACUCCAUCUACCCCAUGCGCAAUCUCAAGAUCCGGCCCUACUUCAACCGUGUCAUCCGGCCCCGCCGCUGCGACCACAUGCCCUCCACGCUGCACAUCAUGUGGGCUGGUCAGCCCCUCACCAGCCACUUCUUCCGCCACCAGUACUUUGCCCCUGUGGUGGGGCUGGAAGAGGUGGAGGCUGAAGGUGCUCCUGGCAUGCCCCCAGCUCUUCCAACCCUGGCUUCACUGUCAUCACCGGCCAAGACCCUGGAGCUGCUCAAUCGUGAACCUGGCCUCAGCUACUCUCACCUCUGUGAGCGCUACAGUGUCACCAAGAGCACCUUCUACCGCUGGCGGCGGCAGUCCCAGGAGCACCGGCAGAAGGUGGCUGCCCGCUUCUCCGCCAAGCACUUCCUGCAGGAUAGCUUCCACCGGGGGGGCGUCGUGCCGCUUCAGCAGUUCCUCCAGCGGUUCCCCGAGAUCUCCCGCUCAACCUACUACGCCUGGAAGCAUGAGCUACUGGGCUCUGGCACCUGCCCGGCCCUGCCCCCCAAGGAGGUGCUUGGCAUGGAGGAGCUAGAGAAGCUGCCAGAGGACCAGGUGGCUGAGGAGGAGCUGGAGUGCUCAGCACUGGCGGUGUCAAGCCCUGGAAUGGUCUUAAUGCAGCGAGCCAAGUUGUACCUGGAGCAUUGCAUUUCCCUGAACACACUGGUGCCCUAUCGCUGCUUCAAACGCAGGUUCCCUGGCAUCUCGCGGUCCACCUAUUACAAUUGGCGGCGAAAGGCCCUCCGGAGGAACCCCAGCUUCAAGCCAGCACCAGCCCUCUCUGCUCCUGGGACUCCCCAGCCAGCAUCUGUUGGGGAAGGGACUGUAAUUCCUUGGAAGAGUGAAGCAGAAGAGGGGGCAGGGAAAGCCACAGGUGAGGAGCCUCCCGCCCCCCAGGAGCUCCUGCCACUAAGGAUGCCCCUGUCCCGUUGGCAGAGGCGUCUGCGCAGGGCUGCCCGCAGGCAGGUGCUGAGUGGGCAUCUCCCUUUUUGCCGCUUCCGCCUCCGCUACCCCAGCCUGUCACCUUCUGCCUUUUGGGUCUGGAAGAGUCUUGCUCGGGGUUGGCCCAGAGGCCUGUCCAAACUCCAGGUGCCAACCCCCACCUUGGGCAAAGGAAGGCAGGAGGGUGAGGAGAAGCAGGAGGAGGAGGCUGGCAGGGAUGUGACAGCUGUGAUGGCCCCACCUGUGGGGGCUUCUUCAGAGGAUGCAGACGGAGGUCCUUCCAGAGAGGGGGCCCUGCAAGAGGGGGCCACAGCCCAGGGCCAGCCCCACAGUGGGCCCCUGCUGAGCCAACCUGUGGUGGCAGCAGCGGGUGGCAGGGAUGGCCGGAUGCUGGUAAUGGACAUGAUCGCUACCACGAAGUUUAAGGCCCAGGCCAAGCUGUUCUUGCAGAAGCGCUUCCAGUCCAAGAGCUUCCCCUCCUACAAGGAGUUCAGCGCCCUCUUUCCCCUCACCGCCCGCUCCACAUACUACAUGUGGAAGCGCGCCCUCUAUGAUGGCCUCACCCUGGUAGAUGGCUGACAGGGAGGUACAAAAGGGGCUGGGAGGAAGGGGGACCAGUUUGGAGAAGGUCAGGGACCUGAGCUGACCCCAGGCUCGGCCAGGAUGUCCUUUGCUCUGGGUCCCACAGUGUCUACCCUAAGUGCAAGGGUAUAUUUGUGUUAUUUUCUGGCUCCGGAACAGAGAGAGUGCCAGAAAUCAGCCAUCUGGUCUCCUGUAGGAAGCUGUGGGACCAGAGAUGUUCUCUUUGGUUGUUUGCUGGUCAUAUUUUUACUGUUUUGAUUUAGUUUUUGGUUUUGAUUUGAGUGGGUUGGCUGGCCCCCUUGCUGGAGUUGGAAACCAUAUGUAUGUCAGGGGGUUUAGAGGGGGGUUGCUUAGCUAGAGCUGCUUUCAGCUUUUCCUGGGGACAAAAGGAGCAUCAUAGCAUGGUCAUCGGUCCCACUGGGCAGAACAUAGAUCUUCAGUUUCUUUUGGGGGUCAGCAUCCUCUUUACUCAGUUGUUUCCCGAACAUUAGGCUCAAAUAUGGGGGCCAGGUAUGGUGGCUUAUGCCUGUAAUCCUAGCACUUUGGGAGGCCAAGGCAGGAGGAUCACUUGAGGCCAGGAGUUAGAGACCAGCCUGGGCAAUGUAGUGAGACCCCAUCUCUUGAAAAAAAAAAAAAAAAAAGAAGGAAAAUCAAAUGUGGAGCUGAUCAGCAGCUUGUGCCUGGCAUCCCCAAGGGAGAAGGUGCCAGGUUCAGUAUGAGUAGCAGCAGGGAUGUAUAGGAAGAACCACAGCUGGCCUCUAAGGAAUGGCAUUGAGGCACCAGAGAUCAUUGAGGGGCUGGCCUGUCCCCUGCAAGGAGUGGUACCAGGUGGGGCAAGGCUGGGAGGAGAUGCAGGCUCUGGGGGUUAUAGCCCAGAGUCUCUGCUUGUGGGUGCUUGAUCCACCUGCUGGGACCCUGCAGUCCUCUGCCAGCCUGGCUGGCUGUUGGGGAUUCCAUCUUUCUGCUGAGCGUCUCCUCGGAGCUGGAGGCCCAUCUUCAGUGAGGGAUCACAAAGCAGCCAGGCAGGUGGGAGACUGAAUUUGCCUUGUCCGAGAGUAAAGUUUGAAAACCAAAGAAAUAAAGUGAUGUGGUGCCCACA